AUGCAUCUAGCAACAUAUAUAGCCAUAGUCGGGCUGCUGAUAGGCGUGUAUCUCGCCUCGCGGAGUAAACCAACCUCGUCUCUGCCGGUGCCGCCAGGCCCCAAGCCUUUGCCGAUAAUUGGCAAUGUUCAUCAAGCUCCCAAGUCCCACGGGUGGCGGACGUAUCGCGAAUGGAGUAAGAAGUAUGGGCCUAUUGUUCACGUCAAUAUGCUUGGACAGCCCGUCAUCAUCUUGUCUACGUCUGAAGUUGCCCACGACCUCCUGGCAAAGCGUGGAGCCAUAUUUUCAGACCGACCUCGUCUUUUCUUGGCGGCGGAGUUGGCCCUGAAAGGACUCAACAUCCUCAUGAUGAAUUACACCGAGCAAUUCCGACAGCAUCAGAGGCUACAGGUCUCAGUGUUGAACGCGACGCCGGCAGCUGCCUAUCUCCCCUUCCAGGCUCUGGAAUCACGGCAGUUGAUGCACGAUCUCCUGGUGAAUGCAGGUGGUGCUGGCGCUAAUGUUCAAGGAUAUGUCCAGCGCACAACCGCUAGCAUCAUCCAUACGUUGCUGUAUGGCUUCCGCGUCAAAGACUACAACGACCCGGUGCUUCGCGCCGUUGUUAAACUCAACGACGAAUUUUCCGAAUUCACCCAGGUUGGCGCGCACAUUGUUGACCAGUUCCCUGUCCUCAAUAAUCUGCCCGGCUUCUUAGCCCCAUGGCAGGCAAAGGCUGAAACUCACUACACGACCAAGUAUGACCUGCGCGGCAAAAACCUUCGGCGGGGUCUGGAGUCGAGCGCCUGGAAUAUAUCGAAGCAUCUCAAAGAGACCGUUGAAAAGGAUGGCCUCGACAUGCCCUUAAACGAGCUGGCAUUUGAGCUUGGCACCAUGAUCGACGCCGCGCUGGACGGCACUACAGACAGCUUGAUCUGGUUUGUGGUGGCUUGCAUCACACAAGACCAGGGCUUCGUGGCCAAGGCACGCAAGGAGCUGGAUGCCGUUGUCGGGCGCGACCGACUCCCAUCCCCAGAUGACAAGCCUAAUCUGCCCUACAUCGCUGCCAUUGUCGAAGAGUUGUUCCGUUGGCGGCCCGCUGGCCCUGAGGGUGUUCCUCACUUGAAUAAGGAGGAGGCUACCUACAAGGGAUAUACCAUUCCGAAGGGAUCUGUUAUUGUGCCCAAUGUUUGGACAAUCUCCCGGGAAGAGGCCUUGUUCGGUCCAGAUCCCGACGAUUUCAUACCGGAUCGCUGGCUCGAAGAGGACGGCAAGACAUUCAAAAAGCUCCCCCCUGCUGUCUUCGGCUAUGGAAGGCGGACCUGCCCUGGGCGGUACUUCGCCCGCAAUGUCAUCUGGAUCGUUGUCGCCCAGCUAAUAUGGUCAUUCGACAUCAAGGCCGGCCUGUCUGAGGAGACGGGCGAGCCCACCAUCAUUGACCCUGUUGCAUGCACAUACGGCCUGGUCAUGCGGGCUCUACCUUUCAAGGCUUCGUUUAAUCCCCGUGGCCCUUGGGUGUGUGAAGUGAUUGCCCGAGAUGGCGACACUUACAGCAAGGAUCAUGCGGCUAUACUCAACCAAAUCGGGGCAGAGUUCGCUAAGCUGUAG